CGCAUGAUACGUCUGGAGCGACUCGUGCAGCGGCUUCAGGCUUCUCCUGCCCCCAUCGGCCAACGCCGAGGCGUACUCACCAUUAAGAAGUUUACGCGGACCGAAGCUUCGCUUAAGCAGGCAAAGUCUAAGGCCGGCGCAGCAGUUUCCGAUGGCAUUGAGGCCACCCCAAACGAUGCAACGACUGCAGGUACGCCAUCCACCGUGCGGCUGGCCAAACGAAUCGCCAUGUCAGGCCUGUGCUCGCGGCGGGAGGCUGAGAAGCGCAUCCAAAGCUUUGACGUGACGGUAAACGGGCACGUGGUGGCCGAUGUAGCUACAAAAGUGGACGCAGAGAAGGAUGUCGUGGCAGUUGACGGCCGUGUGCUGUCCAAGACGCAGAAGACUAAAGUCUGGAUGGCCUACAAAAUGAAAGGGGAAUUGGUGACCAACAGCGACCCACAGGACCGAGCAACGAUCUUCGACCGACUGCGGGUAAUGGGCCUCACACAGCACAUGAUGCCGGUGGGCCGACUUGACUUCAACACAGAGGGAUUACUACUCUUCACUAACGACGGAGACUACGCAAGGGAGCUGGAACACCCCAAGACGGGCGUCUCUCGUGUAUAUCGUGCGCUGGUGCGUGGCAACGUGGCCGAGUCGAAACUGGAGGAGCUGAAACGAGGGCCGCUGGUGGACGGCGUCAAGUAUCGACCCAUUAAGGUGACAGUGCAGUCUACCGACAAGAAGGACUCGUGGUUGCAAGUGAAGGUCGCUGAGGGAAAGAAUCGCGAGGUCCGAAAGGCGCUGGCUCACGUGCGACUGGUGGUCAAGCAGUUGAUUCGUGUUCAGUAUGGGCCUUAUCGCCUUGCUGAUCUCCCGUCUGGCGCUGUGCUGGAAGUGCGUCCAAAGUCUCUCGAGAAGAAACAAUAUCGGAAGCGAGACGAAGACGAGCAACAACGGUAAUGCUUCGUCUUGUCUCGACGUAAAGGCUUGCUGCUGCCUUUUAAGGUACUUUGCAUAGAAACCCCAAGCCCA